GAAGUCCGGAAUAGCCGCAGCACUACCGCGCGGCAUCCGCGCAUCCCAGUUCCCCCAUCCCUCAUCCUCCAUCUCCCAUUCGUGCGGCCAACACAAUCAAGGCCCAACUGCCAAUGCUUCGGCCAGAACGCUGCAUGCCCGCUGUCGAACUGCGUUUCUCCGGCCUUCAAAAGUCGCGCGGCACCUCAGUCAGGUAAUUCGUGUGCGGCCGCCGAGAGUGGGACCUUGAUGGACGAACUCCACCGACCUUGGCAGCAAACCACCGUUUGUUGCUCUGGCUGUUCCGUUGUUGGCAUGAAAUCGCCGUUAUUACGCUGUCUACUUUCACAUUCACGCAUACAUAAGAAGGGCGCCGCCGCCGGAUGAGCGACCGAUCCCCGCCCUGCGCUGUUGAACUAGGUGCUCGCUGGCCCGGAGGGCGUCUCCUUCCCCCCCGCUCGCCUUUGGUCAUCAACGGGACGCUGCCCUGUGGAUGGUAGCAAAUCUCUGUGUGGAAAUACAGGUCGCUGUCAGUACGUCUCGAAGGCACAGAGGCAUGGCUGCUGAUGGCUUGCCCGAAGGGGCUGCCCUCGAGGAUCGUUUGCGCAGCCUGAUCCUCAGCAACGCGAAGCCACAGUCAGCAGCUCCGGCACCCGAUGGCCAGGAAGGGCCGCUGCAUCCAUCCUCCCCGCCGAGCAGCGGAACAAGCAGUGGACCAGGCCACGGUCCGUCGAGAGCAUCCCGGAAGCGACCAAACCAAGCGCAGCGUCGACAGUUGUCGGCCCAGCUCUCCAUCCCCAUCGACCCCCGGCCCCAGUUUCACCACCACCAGUCUCACCAUUCUCAUCAGUUUCAUCAGUCCCGUGACUCCCACAGGUCAUACGCGAGUUCACCCGGCGAUAUUGAUCACCAUUAUCAGUUUCAUCAUCAACCACAACAACAACAACAACACCAACAACGUGGCAGGGGCGGCCAUCACGACCCGCGGGAGCCGCGCUCGGCCACAUUCCGCCCGCCCAGCCGAGGACACCCAAUUCCCGGCCCUCCUCUGACAGGUGGGCCAUUCCCGUCCCGGUCGCGGCAUCAACCUUCCCUCUCCUACCAUGGACCCAUGUCAACGCCAGAUCAUUUCGGGUGGCCGCAGCCUCCGAUGCUCCCGCCGGGCCUGGUGCCGCCGUAUCAAAUGCCCGGCAUGCCUCCCGUACCUGCCAUGCUGCCCAUGCCCUUCGACGCCCUGCCGCUCAUGCGUCCAGGACACGGUGCCUCCGAUCUCAACAGCCCGGGGCCGCCUUUCAACAUCAACCGGGAAGAGUUGAGCGCGCAAGCCGAGCUGCUGGAAGGGCUCUGUAACACCGUCGUUGCCGAUGCCGAGAUUGAGCGUGCCGAGAUAGUGGAGAAGGAAAACUUCCGACUCAAGAUCGAGAGCGUGGCCAGAGCCGCGAUUGCCGAGUACGAAAGAAGUCAAAAUGGAUUUCAUGCGUUUCCUCCUGAGAGCGUGCAGCUCAAGUGUUUCGGUAGCCUUGCCUCCGGCUUCGCGACCAAAGCCUCUGACAUGGACCUCGGUCUGCUGUCCCCGCUGUCCCGCAUACAGCCGGAUGCGCCUGGCUCUCCGAUUCCAAGACUUGUUGAAAAGGCUUUCCUCGAUAUCGGCCUCGGCGCCCGCUUGCUUACACGCACCCGGGUCCCCAUCAUCAAGGUCUGCGAAAAGCCUCCCGAGAAGCUUCGCUUGCUGCUUCUAGCGGAGCGGGAGAAGUGGGAACGAGGCCUUCUUGAGGCGCCCCACGAAGAUGAGGCUCAGGAGGGCGCCGACGCACACUCGGCAGAGGAUGUCCAGCCUGAAGCCCAAGCAGAGGCCCAAGCCCAAGAGGAAGUGCUCACCCCGGAGCAGAAGCUGCAGAGGAUCAAGCAAGGCGCAACGUCCAGCCUAUCUUCCUAUUAUGGCUCCGUCAAGCGCGUGCUCAGGAUGCUCGGCUGCCGCGACGUCACCCACUCGACCGUUGCGGAGUUCAAGGCGGAAGAUGUCAAACUUCUGAACCAAGUUUGCUUAGCGUUUGUCGACGGUCUUGCCGAUAGCAAGCUACGGGACCGGCUACUAACGUAUCGCUCCCUCAACCGGUACGACCUGCUUUCGUGUCUCAAGCUCCGUACCCUACUGGGCGUCUUCACUCAAGUCGAGGGCGAACAGUUGGCCUUGGCCUGGGAAUCUCGCCCCUUCCAAGAGAAGGACUCUGCUCGUGAGAGAGCUGCGGAGAGCACCGUGAGGGCUUGGAGGGAGCUUCAGAACUCGCCCGAUUAUGGCCGCGAUCCGAUGGGUUACCAGAAGGAGCUGCAGUUGGCAGUUGAGCAGCUGAAGAAGAUACCCUCGAUUCAGGUCCUGCUCCUUUCCCAGGCCCACAACGAGACCGCCACGAGCUACUGCUCCAGGGCUUCCAGGUUGCUUCACGAGUUGGUCGGCCACGACUCGCCUGCCCGGGCGGAUGCUGUAUUGCCCACCUUGGUCCGGCAUUAUAUCGCGGGCAUCCUGAACCCCAGCAUCCGCGAGCAAGUUGAGCGCUUCCAGCAGUCCCAUGGCGUCACGAACUUGAGGAUCAUUGGCCGCAGGCAUAAGAGCCUGCAGCUCGCACUCGAGUAUGAGACAUGCCUGGGCAAGCGUCUCUACAGCGACGAAACAGCGGCCAAGGUCCGGCGUUACGUGGAGUUUUUGCGGGCUUCCACGGCAAAACCGCCGGCCGCAGGCCACCACUCCCUUGGAGUCGUCCCUCUGCCGCCGGAUUUAGCCCCGCUUCUGUCCGAGAUUCGCCUGCUCGGCGACCCGUCCAAGGCAGCGCCCAACCAGCCACGGGAUCGUUACAACAGUGCACUGGAGUUUCCUAAAUCGGGGGUCGGCGUCCAGUGUGACAUCAACUUCUCUGCCCACCUCGCGAUUCAGAACACCCUGCUGCUGCGCUGCUACUCCCACUGCGACCCCCGUGUGCGGCCGCUCGUCCUCUUCGUCAAGCACUGGGCCAAGGUCCGCCGCAUCAACUCGCCGUACCGUGGCACGCUCGGCAGCUACGGCUACGCCCUCAUGAUGCUGCAUUACCUCGUCAAUGUUGCCCAGCCAUUUGUCUGCCCCAACCUGCAGCAACUGGCGCGCCCGCCCGAUCCGAACCUCACCCCGCAGCAGGUCGAGGAGACGGUUAUGUGCAAGGGUCGCGACAUCCAGUUCUGGCGUGACGAGGCCGAGAUCAUACGCCUCGCGCGCGACAAUGCCCUCACGCAAAAUCGCGAGUCCGUCGGCGAGCUCCUGCGCGGCUUCUUCGAGUACUACGCCAAGGGCGGCAGCCCCAUGAGCACGCUACCGUGCCGCAGCUUCGACUGGGGCCGCGACGUCUUGAGCCUGCGCACCCACGGCGGCCUGCUCAGCAAGCAGGCCAAGGGCUGGACGGGCGCCAAGACCGUCGUCGAGGUCAAUUCGGCCGCCGCGCCAGAUCGUAGCCCUCCUCCUCCUCCUCCUCCUUCUGCUGCUGCUGCUGCAAGCCCCGACGUCCAACCCUUCAACACCAACAGCAACGUUGCCCCCGCAGCAGCAGCCGGUGAACCAGAACCCGAACCUUUGAGCCAGACCCAGCCCCAGCCCCAAAACGCGCCGGCCGCCGUCGAGGUCAGAGAGAUCCGCUACCGCUACCUCUUCGCCAUCGAGGACCCCUUCGAGCUGGACCACAACAUCGCGCGCACCGUCACGCACGCCGGGAUCGUGCAGAUCCGCGACGAGUUCCGCCGCGCGUGGCGCAUCAUCAAGAAUGCCGGGCGGAGUGCGCUGCAGGGCGACCCGAGUCAGAACCAGAGCGGGACAUGGCGGCACGAGGACUUGCUCGAGGACGUGGUGAGCGUGCAGGAGGCGAGGGAGCGCGAGCAGUUUGCGAAGCUGUUGGAGGAGCUGCAUGGGGUGCGUUUCGACGAGGGCGAUGGGGGUGACGGAGAAGGCGCUGCCGAGGGGGAGGGAGCAGCGGACAAUGGCGGGGAAUUAUAGAGGGGAGGAAAGGUGGUUGGUUAAGCUGUCUCGACUGGCAGCUUGUGUGUGAGUUGAAGAGGUUGAUGUCCACAUACAGCGAGAUGGGAGGAUGCGU